AUGACAAGUCAAUCGCUGCCUCUGGGCAAUGGGCCCAGCGCAUCCGACAUGCAAUAUUACUACCAAUACCUAUAUCCAUUCAAAUCGAUAUUUCAAUGGUUGAACCAUUCUCCUAAACCAGGCAAGGAUAUGAUGAACAGAGAACUCGCCAUGGCGUUUCGUUCUGGUGCAUACAAGCGGUAUAAUUCAUUUGACUCUGCUCAGGAUUUCAAGGCUCAGAUUCAGCGCUCAAAUCCUGACAGAUUUGAGAUUGGGGCCAUCUACAAUAAGCCGCCGCGACAAAUGGACUCGAUUUUAAAGGCAGAUAUGAAGCCUUUGGAAAAGGAAGUGGUGUUCGAUAUUGAUAUGGAUGACUACGAUCCUUACAGAACGUGCUGUUCGGGAGCCAAUGUCUGUCAUAAAUGCUGGAGGUUCAUCUCGUUGGCCAUGAAGAUAAUAAACAUCGCUCUGGAAGAAGACUUUGGUUAUUCUGAUUACAUAUGGAUCUUCUCCGGGAGACGUGGUGCCCAUUGCUGGGUCACGGACAAGAGGGCAAGGCAGCUUAAUGACAUUCAGAGAAGAAAUGUGUUGGACUACAUGAACGUGGUGAGAGAUAGAAGUCAAGACAAAAGAUUGAACUUAAAGAGACCAUACCAUCCCCACUUGUUACGCUCUCUUGAAACUUUGAAGCCAUAUUUUGUGGACAUUAUUUUAAGAGAGCAAAAUCCUUGGCACGAUGACAAAAUGGCCGUUGAGGGUUUACUGCCUGGCCUCCACGAUAAGGUUCUGAUUGAAAUACUGAAAAAACACUGGAAAACAAAUCCGAAUCGUACAAGUGAGCAGAAAUGGGCAGAUAUUGACAGUUUAGCGGCAUCACAGCUUAAGCACCCCUCUGCUUUGAAGAGGGCAGACUACUUCACAAGACUGCGCGAGUGUAAGGAAGAUUUAGUUUUAGCUGCAUUAUAUCCAAAAUUGGAUGUUGAAGUUACUAAACAGACUAUCCACUUGUUGAAAGCGCCCUUCUGUGUCCACCCCGCCACUGGCAAUGUAUGUGUCCCCAUUACCGAAACCUUCAUUCCGAACGACGCGCCCAAGUUAAUUCAACUACAAACUGAAAUGGAAUCGAAUGAGAAUCAAAUUGAAAAGACAUCUCUGCAACCGUAUCUGGAUCAGUUCCAGCGCUUUGUGAAUCAAGUGGUCAAAAAUGAACUAGCGAGUAUCAAACGAGAAAGAGAGGACGAGGUUGCUGAUACCUUUUGA